AAUUCUUUGGUUUGGAUGACUGAAAGGGUUGCACCACUAGUCACUUUUUGGACACCACCCGUCGACGAAGUAGUAAGGUCUUUUUCCAUCUCCAGUUAUAAUAUGUUGGCACAAGUGUACGUGAACACGAGUCAAUUUCCAUAUUGUCCAAGACGAUAUCUCCGGCGCAAGCAUCGACUGGCUUUAACCAAAAGCUUAUUGCAAAGUUUACAAGUUGAUAUUCUCUGUUUGCAAGAAGUGGAUUGUUAUAAAGAAAUAGAAACUUAUCUACAAGAAAAAGGCUACAAAGGCAUAUUUCAACUUCGAGGCGGAAUGAAAAAAGAUGGUUGCGCCAUUUUCUUCCAAUCGGACAAGUUUGAGUUGCUAGCAGAACAUAGCUGGGAUUGUGACCAAGUACAGUUUCCGACACUCAAAAAAUAUUGUCACGAGAAUUGGAAUCCUUAUGUGGACGAACGUCAUAGACGUAACAAUAUUGGACAAUGUGUAUGGUUGAAGUGGAGAACGGAAUCGGAAGUUUCUUAUCACUUGUGUAUUGCAAAUGUACAUUUAUUUUGGGAUCCUUUGCAUGAAGAUGUGAAGCUAUUACAAACAUUGCAAGCAGUUCAUGAAAUGGAUGAGUUUAUCCAACGUUGUAAGAGAGAUGGAAUGGAAGAUGAAAAUGUAAAUGUCUUUUUAACAGGAGACUUUAAUAGUUCACCAGGAACAUUGAUUUAUAAGUUAUUGACUGAUGGACAAGUAGAAUGGUAUGGUCAGGAGAUGGAACAACAAUUCCGUUUAUCGAAGGAACCGUUGGAACGAACGGACAACAAUAAUGAAAUGGUGAAUACGAUGACCACUAGUAGGAGCGCAUUGUGGACUCCUAUUUUUGCACGUCAUGUGAUGGUUAACAUUCCAUUUCAGUUCAAAAGUGCUAUUUGGUCUGUGUUAGGGAAGGAAAUGGAUUGGAGCAAUCGAACAGAAAAAUUCACAGACAAUAUUGAUUAUAUAUUUUAUACUGGUACGCAGUUGAAACCCAUCCAAGUCAUUCCAUGUCCAGAGUUGCUACAGAGAUAUGAACAUUUCCUUCCCAAUGAAAAUUUUCCAUCGGACCAUAUACCUUUAGGAUGUCGAUUUGAAUUGGUAGAAAAUAGGUGGAAGAAUCACCAUGAUCAGAUGGACAAGCAACAGUAAAAAGGAUCAGCUUCAAGUUAAUAUCGAAGGAAGCUAUAGAUGGAUUCUGAAGCACAGAACUAUAGGAAUACUAUAUGAUUACUUGAAUUUUGAUAUUUUUACAAAGUUGAUGAUAGUUACGAAAUAGUACAAGUUCUUUAGAAAGUCUUACAAGUAACUAGGAUAAGGACUAGUAGAAAGAAGAAUAUCAAAAAUGAAGAAUCGUAGGUUUUUUUAUGAUCAACUAUGAGGAAAAUAUGAAGAGUUUUUCAGUGACAUGAAACUGAAAUGAUGGAAAGAAAUUUCAAGAACAAGCUCGAGUUGAAAAUAGUUUUCAAAGCGGAAUGCUAUAAACUCUUAUGAAUAACAAUAGCGGAAAUUUAGUGAGAAUAGAGACGUGCAGAUCGAAUUUGUGCCG